AUGAAUGAACAACGCAAUUUCACAUUGGAAAUUUGUGCGAAUACAAAUGCCCACACAACAUUCGAUGAGCUGUACGAUCGCACAGUUUGCGUUGCUGAAAAUCUCCAGAAAAUCGGCUGUAAACAAGGCGAAGUUUUUAUCUUUUACACGAAUAAUACCGCCGAUAUUCCAGCAAUUGUUUAUGCUGCCUUGUGCUUGGGAUGUCCAGUGACAGCCUAUGUAACAUUCGCAUCGAAGAGGGAAAAUCUGCACUAUUUGACUGUGACGAAGCCGAAUUACGUAUUUUGUGACUCGAAUAUUUAUGAAGAUUUAAAUGAAUGCUUUCAAGAGUUGGGAAAUGAGCCGACAUUUUUUACAUUCGACGGUCAAGCCAGCGGUAGUGUACGUUCGGUCGAUAGCUUAUUUCAGAAAGUUGAGUCAUCGGAUUCGGUUUCGUGUUUUUGUCCGGUGGAACUGGACGGUACCAAAGAGAUAGCGUUCAUUGUACCAAGUUCUGGUUCGACUGGCAAAAAUAAAGGAGUUCUCGUGUCACAUGCUUCUAUUCUCGACACUGUGACCCGACUGUCAUCGUUUAUCAAUGCAUCUGAUGUUCUGCUUUCCCUCUCCGACAUUUACGCAAUAACUGGAGUGGUGUCUUUAAUGGCUGGCACAAUAAAUGGAGCCACCAGGGUGGUUAACUUCGGGCCAUUUUCCCCUGAUCGAUUUUUCGAUGUGGUUGAACAAAUCAAUGCAACGGUCACCAUAUCAACGGCAUUUCCGAUCAAGCAGAUAUUGAACCACCCGCGCAUUGAAACGGCUAAUCUGUCGAGUUACAAGCACUAUUUAUGCGGUGGAGAAAAAGUGUCGCUUGACAUCAUUCAUAAAAUGAAUAAAUUUAUGACGAACGGAACAUUUUGUCAUGGCUAUGGAAUGACAGAAACUUUCAUGGUAAUUACGGCAAAUUUUAGACAUCAAAAGAAUGUCUCGGUUGGACAAUUGAUCAGUGGAUGCGAGGCGAUAAUCGUCAACGAUAGCGGCGAGCGACUGGGCAUUGGCGAAGUUGGCAAUCUCUGUUUCAAGCUAACGUUCCCCUUUUCUGGCUACAUGGGUAGCACUGAAAACGCUGCUGAUUACUUUGAUCACAAUGGAUUUUUUAAGACGGGAGAUAUAGCACGAUUCGACGAUAACGGCGACCUGUUCAUAGUCGAUAGAAAGAAAGAGAUGUUUAAGGUGGGUGGCUGGCAUGUGAUACCAGCCGAAAUCGAAGAAUUCCUCAAUAAAAUCGAUGGCGUGAAGCAGUCAUGCUUGGUGGCGUUGCCAGAUCCGGAAUAUGACUUUGUGCCAGCAGCUAUAAUUGUAAAAACCAAUUCAGCUGCGUGCACUGAACAAUCAAUACACGAUGCCGUUUCAAACCAUUUUGCUUACACGAAACGACUUCAAGGUGGGGUGUAUUUCGUUGAUUCACUUCCAAUGACUGCAACUGGGAAGAUCGCUCGCCGUUCGGUAGCAGAAAUUGCGUUAGAUUUGGUAAAAAAUCAGAAAACCGAUCAGAACAGAACACUGAACGCCAAUUGA